AUGAAGAAAAAUAAAUUAAUCUGUAUUUUCCAGGUUAAAAGUACCGAAGAGAUCGAUCCUUUUACCGAACAAACAAAAGAUGAUUCGCCACAACCACCACCAACUACUCCAACAAAGGCACAAAACCUGUCAUCACAAUCCUCUAUGGUAACUCCUAAAGCAGUCAGAAGUAGUCUGGCCAAAUCUCCCGAAACAAUAGGGCUAAAAAAAGGUUUAUCACCCUCUAAAAUUCUAAAGGUGGAAGAUGAAAUCAAAAGAAAUUUAAAUUCAGAAGAUAAAAAUGUAACAAAAGACAAAAUACCAAAGUCACCUACUGCUUCACAUUCUCUUGAUAACCUGCAAUUGAAGAGUCCCGAAAAUAAAACAGCGAGAUCGUCUAUUUCUCCACACACCUUUAAUAAUUCUGAAUUAAAAGAUUUGGAAGUCGAAAUUGCAGAAUCACCUACUUCUUUAAGUUCUCCUAACAGUCCUCCACCAAAGAGUCCGGAACACAAAACAACGAAUUUGCCUAACCCUCCACGUUCUUCCCAUGGUCCUCAAUUAAAGAGUCCGUCCAAAUCUUCCUCUCAUACGUCUAAAAAAUUAUCGCCAAAAAAGUUACAGCUUCCGAAAUUAGCACCUUCUCCUACACCACAGAGAACUACCGCAGUUUCUGAAGCUCAUGCUAAAAUUAAUUUACCAAAAUUAAUCGAACGCGUUGCACACUAA